CUACGUCACUUCUGAAAAUAUCGUUCUAUCCAUACAAUUUGUAUAAACGGAACGAUAUUUUCAGAAGUGGUGUAGCUCGUUCCUACACUUUCGAUGCAAAGGAAAAGACCUAUAGUUCAGUACGUUGUUCUGCUGAUUUUAAAUAAAAAAACAGGAACCUACUUUCCUCUAACCUAAAAGUUGUCAAAUAGUCAAUUGUCAAAACCGAUAAAUUUCCGUCUAUUUUAACAAAAUAUUAUGUCUGGAGGCGACGCAAAACCACACAUGUCCUAUUUGAUUCCCAGUCCAAUUGUUACUAAAAGAACCAGAACGCCUUCAGUUUGUGAACGCAUUCUCAAAAAUAAAACGAUUUAUGGGACGAUUAAAGAAUUUUGUCGGGAAAAAGGACAUGGAUUUAUUACACCAGAGGAUGGAAGUGAUGAUAUAUUUGUCCAUGUAUCUGACGUUGAGGAUGAAUAUGUCCCAAUACCUGGGGACAGAGUAAAAUAUCAGUUGUGUCCUAUCCCUCCAAAAUUUGAAAAGUAUCAAGCUGUACAUGUCCAUAUAGUUGUCUUAAGACCAGAGGUUCACAAAAAAUGGGAGAAUUACUAAAACUUGCCAGGGAAAAAGUAUACAAACUUUAAAAGUUUUAACAAUUCUUUUACUAUUUACAUAUUAAUACUUCAGUUUUUAAUGUUUCUGUAUGCUAUUGCAUUUUAACAAUGUAAAAGUUGGUGUCUAUAAAUUUCAAUUUAAAAUACUUGUUUAAUGUCUAUUAUUGUUAUAGCAGGGGCAGAAGUUGGAAAGGCUUUUUGCAGUUCUCCCACUUUAUACACAAAUUGACAGUUCUGCAGCGGAAUUAACCAAAGUGUUUGCGAUACAUUGGUGUACAAAAUUAUUUUAUAGAUGUUAAUAACAAUUUUGGGUUAAUAGUUAAAAACUAUUGAAUAUCUGUUAAAAUUUUGUAGAAUUAUGAUUUGGAUAUUAUAAUACUUGUUUAAUAAUUAUUUCUAGUCCAUAAAUACAUGCGGUUGUCCGAUUCCGCCAGUAACAAUUUAAAUUACUUAUAUGAAACGACACUGGCAGGUAAACAUUAAUGUGAAAUUCUCGAAAUCGUCUAACAUGGUUUGUAGUUCAUCCCCUCUCUAUCUACCAAAAGCCUUUCAAACUUCUGUAGCUGGUUUAGUUCUAUUUGAGCACUAAUUUUUAAUGGUUUUUAAAGUUUAAAAAAUAGAAAAACCAUAUACCAUAUUGGUAAUAAAUUAUUUUGUUUCUGUCUUAGUGUCUUCAAGACAAUAAAUAAGUUGAAACUCUAUAAACAAGAUUUGAUCAAUAAUUUAAUUUCAAAACAAUUAGCUUAAUAACAAUUAUUACAAUUAAUUAUUAGUGGAAUAACUACUUAUGGUUUUACUAUCCCACUUUAGAAAAUCUGAAUUUUUUAUUUCAUUUACAUGGUAUUCAAUUUUUUGUAAAUGAAAAUUAGAAAUCAAUUUCAUGUAAAUCUAUUAUGAAUAAUCUCAGGUACAAUAAUAUUAGAGCUAGCAUAAACGCUGGGUAAAAAUGGAUGUAAUAAACAAUACAAAUAUAUUAAUUCCAGAUUAUUUGCUAAUGUAUUGUAAUAAAAUAAUACGUACCAUGACUCCAGUGUUAUAUACAGAUUUGCUCACUCUUUAACUACAGGUAAUAAUACAUGUUCAUCUCAACACUUCGGACUGAAAUUUUGUCAUUCCUGUUUGGUGAAGGUUGCAAGUAGAGGUGGAUGUGUUAGGGUGACCAUACAUACAGUAUUUCGCUGUAUUGUACAACAUUUUCAAAGUCUGUCCAGCAUUUCAUCUUUUACA